GGGUCGCGGCGCCACCUGGGGUCCCCGCACUCCGGAAGAAGGCUGCAGGAGCUGUAAAGCGAGGCCAGUGGGCGGGCGAGUCGGGAGGCUCGGGUGGCCCAGGUCCGAGGUCGGGACCGGAACCCAGGUAGCGGGAGCUGCAAGACUCCGAAGGAACCUGGAGUUCCCGGCAGGCCCUGGACUCAGCCCUGAGGUCUCCGGCGGCGCAGAGAGCCGGUCCCCGGGCUAGGAAGGUGAGCGCACCUUCUGCUCUGCCCAGGGCGGCACUGCGCCUGAGAUUCCGGACCCCGGAUUUUGCACCCGCGACCCAACGAAUUUUCGCCGUAUGCGGUACUGGAGACGCAAAUCUCCCUCGUCCUGAACACUGGCAUCUUCUCUCCGCUUUCCUAGCCAUUUUUCUAGAGUUUGUUUCCAUCUCUUGGAAGCGCACAUCUCCCAAGUAAAGGAGUGCUGAGUAACACGUGCGGAAGUCGGGGUGUCUCCGCGCACCUGUGGUUGACUCCCUUUCCCGUCCACCUCCGUAAUCAUUCUUCGUCUUCCGUUUUCCAGCAGCCCCAGUAUUUUUUCCUGUUGGGAUUUGCGUGUGUGUGUGUGUGUGUGUGUGUUUCCUGCCCAGCGUGGUGCCCUCUGUGUGCAGAAAGAGCUGCCGUCCAGUCAAGGUGUGCAAAGGGAGAAUGGAGCGACCACCCACCUGCCUCAAAUCUGGUUCCAGAGAGCAUGCACUAGCCCCAGGUCACACUCCCACCCUUACAACAGACGCAAGUGUGGGUCAGCUCGGCCCCGCUCCGGCUCUGUGCCGGAGUGCUGGGCGCACACGUCCCACGUCCAUCAGUGACCUGGGCAGGUGCUCGCGCGCUGCGCACACCCAGUCUCAGGGCAUCUCGCAGCUGGACGCUGAGAGCUGACGAGUGGAGGCCCCUCUGGCAGUGAGUGUUUGGGACUGGCAGACGUAGUUUGACCGUUUUUCUACUUUUUGGAGCCGACCCCAGAGCUCUCACAACUCCUCAUCGCAUCGCGCUCGUUGGCGUUGCCCCACAGGGCUUUGUCCAUGACCUCACUACUGACUAGGUCACUUCUCUCUUGUACCCCUUCUCUGCCCAGAACGAAUCUUUGGUUCCGCGCUGCGCAGUCUACGCAGCCAGGGCAAGGUACUUUGCAGUUUUGUACAAGCAAAGACCUGCCAGCUCCAUCUUAGACGGAAUAUGGCCCCGGGCGUGGGACCCGUGUGGACUGGUUUGUGCAGUCGGUGAAGUGACCAGAUAAUAGCCAGGGCAGCUUUCCGUAGGCACAGGCCUGGGAAUCAGUGAAUACAUUUUGCAAAGUCGUGUGUGUGUGUGUGUGUGUGUGUGUAUGCAUCUAAGUGUGUACAUUUUAGUUAUUUUCCUGGGGAGAAUCUGUAGCUGGUCCUGGGCUCUAAGGCGUGAAGAACUUGAAGCACACAGGCCUGGGAUAUUUGCCCAAGAAACCGAUGCAGCGGCUGCGUUUGAGGACCGCAGUCCCAUCUACGGAGCCACCCACCUGCCCGCUGGCUUUCACCCGCUCUUCCGGGCCGGGAUCCCACUGUCUGCCCCGCCCCGCCGUCCUGCAACUCCCGGAGGUCCGAUGUAGCAGAUCUCAGGGCUGCGUGUGGACACCCCCCACCCCAGCCAAACUCUCCAGUUAGGAAUAUCCUUGGCUCACGGAAAACUGGCGCUGGGGAGGGCCGGGCGGCCCUGGAGCGCCGCCUUGCAGCCCCCAGCUCCCGCUUGGCUCCUCCCCAUCCUGGAUUUACCCUCUUUCCCCUUCCCAGGAACAGGCGCCCCAAGGGAGUCUCCCCCGGCCGAGUGAGCGUGUUUCUUUAAGAGGCCCCGGGGGGUGCCUUGCGGGCCGCCCGGGGCUGGAGGGGGAGGGCACGGGCGGGGGCGGCUGGCGCCAGGCGGCCGAGGCUCCACAACAAAGCUCCGGCCCCUGUCACUUCGCAUCGGCCCGGCCCCGCAGACGGGCGGGGGACGCGCGCUCAGCGGCCCCUCCCUCUCCCCGGCGGUCCCGGGCCCGGGCGUCGGGCCGGCGCGGGCCUUUGAGCCUCGAGCCCGUUGCGCGUGGUCAGUGGGCUCCACGCUUCCCGCAACAACGAAAUCCGGCUGAGCAGCCUGGGCCGGGUGAGGCCGCGGUCCUGAACCGAGCUGGGCUGCCCGUCAGACCUCGGGCCUGUAACCUCUCUCAGUGUCAAGGGACACUUGCUGGGACCUUUACCGGGUUGAAUGAACCUGAAAAGAGGUCCCUGCCGGUGCCUUCGUCUGUCUGCCUGGACGCGGAUUUGCGCAAGCCCGGGCGGAGUGGAUGUGUGGGGAUGUGUGGUCGUGCAGCGGAGGGGACCGACGUGCUUCAGAGACACGGGGUGCUGGCGUUUGAGACUGGCAUGGAAGUGCGCAGUAGCAUAGGAAUGUGCCCAGGCCAAGAUAGCGUGACGUGUGUGGCCCUUCGCGUAUGGCCAGCUGUGGGGAUGCCGCUGGCGUCCACGGCCGUCUCGACGUGUAUGUGUGUGUGCGCGCGCGUGCGUGCGUGAAUGAAGACGCUCCGGCGGACAGAGUCGCUCCCCAUCACGGCUUCUCUGCCCACCCGUACCUCCCGGAGCCGUGGCGCCAGCCAGCCCGAUUUAGCGGCCCGGCCGGGCUCCCCCGUGGUCCCAGGUCUGGCUGGGGUGGGGGCCGCGGCCUUGGUGACCCCAGCCCACAGCGGCCGGGUCUGUCCCGUCCACUUAAACAAAUUGCGGCUGACAGGCGCGCAGUCUCUCUGGAGCCGCCGCCCGCCCGUCGCCUCUCUCCAGUCCCAAUUAUCCCGCGCAGGGUCGGGCCAACUGGCUGGGACCGGGCGGGGGACGCGGGGAGAGCAGGCAGCCUAACUCACUCCUGGUUGCGGUGUGGCUGCGGCUUUAUGCCAGGACAGGCAGCGGGGCCACUUCCUACAGUUAGGCCAGGGAAGUGUCUCCACCGCCACUGCCCGUGUGGCCCUGGCCGGUCUUCUAGGCUGACGCCAAGGCGAGGCCCAGCCUGGCUGCUAUGGGCCCGGGUAGACAGCCCUCGAGGGACGCGCUUUGCACCCGAGGGCGAGAUCACGCGGCCAAGAGCCAAGGCCACGCGUCCCUCACCCCCACCGCCAGACUUUGGGUAACUUCCUCAGAGUGUGAGGGAUCCUGUAAUCCUGGGACCUCCAGACUAUCCCCUGGUCUGGGGCCCGCGGGUCGCAGCCGCACCCUUGGAACACCGCGGUGGGCAGAAUUGAGGUGUAAGAGCGGCGGUGAGCCUGCGUGGACGUACAUGAGUGUGAAAUUAUGGGUGUGGGCAUUUGGGAUCAUGGGAGCGUGAACAGAGCACUCUGCUGAGUGGCUUGAGAGCGGGGUAAAGAAUAGGAAGGACCCUCAGGACGGGCCCACCAGUGACAAGGGGGCGGGGCUGGCCUGCUCGCAGCGCACCAGGCGGGGAGCAGGGCCAGGACUCCAGGGGCAGUCUGGGGGUAGCUGCCAUAAUCCAGGCACGGCUCUCCUGAUGUCCCUUUAAGGAGUUACCUGGCCUGCCCCAUUGGCCUCUGCACCUCACCCUUUUGCCUUUGUGACUUACAGUUUUCCCUUUGCCUGGGUGGGCUCUGUCGCUCCUCUAGCCAGGUACAUGUUCCUCCCUCCUCAGCAGCCCCCAGAGGUAAAGUUUACCCAAGGCCACAGGGUGCUGUUGACAGAGCUGAGAAGGGACCUUAAGAUGUUAAAAGAGAGCAUGCCAAAAUGCACUCCUUAUAAGGUGGUGAUGCCAUUGCUGCUGGCUCACACAGCAAGGCCAUGCUGGGACUCCAGGGCCUCUGCCCUCCUCUGGGCUCUGCUUUGAACUUAAGACAUACGAGGUGCUCUCUCCCUUUGCCCCUAGACCUUCCAGUUCUAGGUCUGCAGGAGGAGGCUGCUUUCCCAGUUACAUAGGGAUGGGGGAGCA